UCCUUCCCUCCUUCCCUUCCUUCUGGGCUUAAAAUGGUGUCCAAACUCAGCGCUUUGCAACACGAGCUCCUCAACGCUCUGCUCGCCUCCGGAGUCACCAAAGAGGUCUUGAUUCAAGCGCUGGAGGAACUGAUGCCUUCGACCAGCACCGGCGCAAGCAGCACCAACGCUCCGGCGGCCGGAGGUGGCGGCGGCGGCGGCGGCGGCGGCUACGGGGUGAAACUGGAAAAUUUGCAGCUGUCGCCCAACGGAGGCGGCGGCGACGGCGGGACGGAGGCGGACAGCAAGCCCAUCUUCCACACUCUGACCAACGGGCACAGCAAAGGCAGGCUGUCGGGGGACGAGGGGUCGGACGACGGGGAUGAUUUUGACACCCCGCAGAUCCUGCGGGAGUUGCAGGCGCUCAACACCGAGGAGGCGGUGGAGCAGAGGGCCGAAGUGGAGAGGAUGAUCAGUGAAGACCCUUGGCGAGCCGCAAAGAUGAUCAAGGGUUACAUGCAACAACACAACAUCCCACAAAGGGAGGUGGUGGAUGUCACAGGACUGAAUCAGUCGCACCUUUCUCAACACCUCAACAAGGGAACCCCGAUGAAAACGCAGAAACGGGCAGCGCUCUAUACGUGGUAUGUCCGGAAACAGAGAGAGAUCCUCCGGCAAUUCAACCAAACAGUCCAGGGUUCUGGAAAUAUGACAGAAAAAGGCAGUCAAGAUCAGCUGCUGUUUCUCUUUCCAGAAUUUAACCAGCAAAACCAGGGUGUGGGCCAGAUAGACGACUCUUGUGCCGAAACACCCAGCAAGAAGAUGAGGCGCAACCGCUUUAAGUGGGGUCCUGCUUCCCAGCAGAUCUUGUACCAGGCCUACGACCGGCAAAAGAACCCCAGCAAGGAAGAGAGGGAAGCCUUGGUAGAGGAAUGCAACAGGGCAGAAUGCCUCCAGCGGGGUGUGUCGCCCUCUAAAGCACAUGGCUUGGGUUCAAACCUGGUCACGGAAGUCCGCGUCUACAACUGGUUUGCAAACCGGAGGAAAGAAGAAGCUUUUCGGCAAAAACUUGCCAUGGAUGCCUACAGCACCGGUCAGCCUCACACCAUGAACCUCUUGCUGUCCCAUGGGUCGCCCCACCACGUUCAGCCCAGCUCUUCUCCGCCCAGCAAAAUGCCAGGGAUCCGCUACAGCCACCCAGGGGGCAAUGAAGUCACUUCUUCAACUUCCAUCAGCCAUCAUGGUAACAACUCAAUGGUGACCACCAGCCAGUCCAUUCUCCAGCCAGUAUCUCCAGCCAGUUUGGACCCAGGUCACAGCCACAGCCUGCUGUCCCCGGACGGUAAAAUGAUUACAGUUUCUGGCGGUGGGCUCCCCCCGGUCAGUACUCUCACCAAUAUCCACAGCUUUUCCCAUCACACCCCACAACAAUCCCAGAACCUCAUUAUGACACCUUUAUCAGGAGUCAUGGCUAUCACACAAAGCCUAAACAGUUCGCAGGCCCAGAGUGUCCCCGUUAUCAACAGCAUAGCCCUACAACCGGUCCAGUUCUCCCAACAGCUGCACAGCCCACACCAGCAGUCAAUCAUGCAGCAGUCGACCAAUCCGAUGGCUCAACAGCCAUUCAUGGCGUCAGUGACACAGCUGCAGAAUUCACACAUGUACACACACAAGCAAGAACCUCCUCAGUAUUCUCACACAUCACGGUUCCCUUCAGCGAUGGUGGUCACGGAUACCAGCAGCCUCAAUUCACUAACCAACAUGUCUUCCAAUAAACAGUGUCCGUUACAAGCCUGGUGAUACUCCACCCCGUUCUCUGUGCCUUUAGCAACUGGAAAUUAUUUUUCCACAACGUCCUGCCUUGGCCACAAUGAGAUCUGGCGGAAGGUGGCAGCAAAGCCCGAAGAGCUUGCCUAGCUCGAUCCCGCUCAGCCUGGAAAGAAGAUUGGAAGUUUCUGUGCUACUGUGGCUUUCUUCAAAGGAUCCGGAACGGUGUCUGCCAGACCAAGCAUUUCCCAUGCUGUUUGUCAAAGACUUAUUGCCUCCAGGAUGCCAAAAUAUUUUUCCUUCUGGAGGAUAUUUGUUUCUUACCAACACCAGAACAAAACGAGAAGCUUGGCAAAGAACCUAAAGCUGGAGAUCAAGCGUAUUUAUAAAGUGACACACUUCUACUGGAGAGGACCAGAGAGAGGACUCGGGGCUGUUACGUCAGGUUGCAAAGGAAGAACCAACUGUGAUGUUGACCUGAACCAAUUAAACUGUAUAUAUGAGGAGCUCGGUAUUCCAGAUCUCCUCCCCCCUCCCUCACACCUAUCUGCAGAGAUUUAUAUUAAAGAAAAGUUAAUGUUGUCUAUCAAAUGGAUGUAUUAAGAAAUUAAGUGCAAUGCCUCCCCCUUCACUUGUACAUAGGA